CUCCUCAACUCCAUCCAGGAUGCUUCAUCAGUAUGUUUGUCAAUUGGGUCAGAAGCUGGUCCGCAGGAGGUCACUGGAGCCCAGGGAUGGGUCUGAGGGUCGAAUGGCUCGUUGUCUGAACACCCUUGACCUCGUGUCCUUGGGUGUGGGCAGCACCCUGGGGGCUGGCGUGUACAUUCUGGCUGGUGCAGUGGCCAAGGACAUAGCUGGACCAUCGAUUGUCCUCUGCUUCCUGGUGGCCGCCCUGUCUUCUGUGCUGUCUGGGCUCUGCUAUGCGGAGUUUGGGGCCCGGGUACCAUGCUCCGGUUCUGCGUAUCUCUACAGCUACGUGACAGUGGGACAACUGUGUGCCUUCAUCACUGGCUGGAAUCUCAUACUCUCCUACAUUAUUGGCACCGCCAGCGUGGCCAGGGCCUGGAGUUCUGCCUUUGACAGCCUGAUCGGGAACCACAUCUCUCAGGUGUUCAAGGAAACUUUCUCCCCGCAUGUGCCCCACUUCCUGGCCAAGUACCCAGACUUUUUUGCACUGGGCCUGGUGCUGCUGCUAACGGGAGUACUGGUUCUGGGAGCUCGUGAGUCAGCCUUGGUUACCAAAGUGUUCACAGCCAUCAACCUCUUGGUGCUCAGCUUCAUCAUCCUCUCUGGCUUCAUUAAGGGAGACCUGCACAACUGGCAGCUCACAGAACAGGACUACAAACUGGCCACAGCUGGAUCCAAUGACACCUCUAGCUUGGGCCCUCUGGGUUCUGGAGGGUUUGUGCCUUUUGGCUUUGGUGGGAUUUUUCAUGGAGCAGCUACAUGUUUCUUCGGGUUCAUUGGUUUUGAUGUCAUUGCCACCACAGGGGAAGAAGCCAGAAAUCCUCAGCGUUCCAUCCCUUUGGGCAUUGUGAUCUCGCUCUUCAUUUGCUUUUUGGCAUAUUUUGGUGUCUCAGCGACACUCACCCUCAUGGUCCCCUACUACCAGAUUCAUCCCAACAGCCCCCUGCCGCAGGCUUUUCUCCAGGUCGGCUGGGACCCUGCCAGAUAUGUUGUGGCUGUUGGCACCCUCUGUGCUCUGACAUCCAGCCUCCUAGGCGCCAUGUUUCCCAUGCCUCGUGUGAUCUACGCAAUGGCAGAGGAUGGGCUCCUUUUCCGGGGACUUGCCCGGAUCCAUGCCCGCACACGCACCCCCAUCAUGGCUACCUUGGCUUCUGGAACACUGGCAGGGGUCAUGGCAUUACUCUUCGAGCUCACUGAUCUUGUGGACCUCAUGUCAAUCGGGACCCUGCUUGCUUACUCCUUGGUGUCUUUUUCUGUUCUUGUGCUCAGGUACCAGCCAGACCAGAACUUCAGCAAGAAGAAAACAAAGGAAGAAACUGAGAUGGAUCCUGUGGUUGAAGAAAGUCCUUUGGAAUCUGCACUUGAAGCUGGAACCUCAAGGUCUCUAAAGAGUCUUCUCGACCCUAUCAGCACCACCCCCACUCUGAAAUCUGGCCAGAUUGUCUAUGGAUGUGCCUUCCUGCUGGUUCUCCUGCUGACCAUCCUGAGCCUGCUUCUGGCCCUGUGGCCCAGCCAAGUGUUCUCUGGAGACCCCGGGUUCACAGCAGGGGCUGUGCUGCUGCUGCUGCUCAUUGCGGGGAUCACUGCCAUCAUUUGGAGGCAGCCCCAGAACCCCUCUCCUCUUCACUUUAGGGUCCCUGCUCUGCCCGUCCUCCCAGUGCUGAGCAUCUUUGUGAAUGUCUACUUGAUGAUGCAGAUGACCACUUGGACUUGGGCCCAGUUUGGUGUCUGGAUGGUGAUUGGAUUUGCCAUAUACUUUGGAUAUGGGAUCCGACACAGCUUGGAGGAGAACAGUGAUCAAGAGACCAACCUCCACCUCCCAGGCUCUAGACAAAAACACCCGUAGUGCUAAAUCAGCUUAACCAUAGGAAAUAGAUGCUGUGUAGAAUCCCCUACAUACAUGGAGAUACAUUCUGGUUCAAGGACACUUUGAGCUUCUAUGGAAUAUAUUGUGGGAUGCAUUGAGAGCCCUUAAUUUACUGCCAGCAGACAAAAUGAUUUAGUAUUGUAUAAUUUUUAAGUAAACCUUUAAAAGCAUGAGACAUAUACAGAAAAGUGCAUGCUUCAUACCUCUGCAGUAAGAUGAAUUUUCUUUUUGCAAAGACAGCACAAGGUAACCAGCAACCAGAGAAAAAACAACAUUAAUACCCUGUGUGUAAGAAGUGUCUUCUUGGAGUUCCCAUUGUGGCUCAGUGGUAACAACCU